AUGGACGAUUUGAAAGUCGAGAAACAGCAGCUACAAAUAUCACAAGACAUCAUUGACAGUAUCGUUGACCAACAAAACCCGGUUACUCUUGAGGUAGGUGGAGAGAAGUUUCGUACGCAAACUGCCACGCUUGUAAAAUAUACGGAUUCAAUUUUUCCAAAGCUGGUGAAAGCUCUCCAAGAACGCACUCCAGACAAAAACAACAGGACGAUUUUCAUUGAUCGAGACAGCAAGCACUUCAAAUUCAUUCUCAACUAUAUCCGACAGGGUCCAUCAGUGAUGAAAGGCACUACGUUGAAUUCCAAGGAUGUGAAUGAAUACUUUCUCACUGAAAUCAUUGAAGAAAUACGCUACUACAGGUUACCCGAGUUGGAGCAGCUGGUGCAAUGGAAGCAGAUCGGCAGAAAACCUUCAACUAACCUCCCUACCUUGGUCAAAGAGGCGUACCUCACCACUCAAAUACCGAUACAAAUGCAACGGAAGACGCAGCCAUUCAAAUAUAUGACCACUGGAAAAGAUUGGAAAAAGGGAGAAAACCUGACCGGUCUUGUUUUUGAGCGUGUCCUCUUUACUAAGGUUUCAUUCGAAUGGUGUGUUCUGACAAAAGCUACAUUCAAAGAAUGUGCCUUCAGAGGAUUUACUGCUUUUAAAAAUUCUAAUCUCGCCAGCACAACCUUUGAGAGCUGUCAAGGCACCGAGAGUUUUCACGGUGUUGAAAGAAAGAACGCAGUGUUUAUCUAG